UUCUCAAUAGUUAUGGAUGUGAUAGAGAAUUUCCAUGGUGUUUAUCUCCUGUAUUGCACAAAUCCUCACUACAAAGGCCAAACAUACAUUGGCUACACAACUGAUCCAAAUCGCCGAAUCAAACAGCAUAACAAAGGAAAGCAUGCUGGAGGGGCACGACGGACCUCCAAUAGAGGACCGUGGGAAAUGGUGCUCAUCAUCCAUGGUUUUCCCAAUGACAUCUCAGCACUAAGGUUUGAAUGGGCAUGGCAGCAUCCUGAAAAAUCUCGGCGACUGCGUGGUCUUGUCCCAUCCAAGUCCUCCAAGGAAAACAAGUUUCAACAUCAGGUGAAGAUUCUGGCCCAGAUGCUCCAGAUUGGACCUUGGUACCGCUUGCCAUUGACUGUGCGAUGGCUCCUUCCUCAAUACACAGUUGAAUUCCCAGCUGGGGAAGAGCCACCAUUGCAUAUGCCAUUAUGUGAAGGUCCUGUAGAUCCAAAGAAAGCCCAAAAAGAAGACUCUGACCUAGUUGAACUGGUAAAAUGCUUCCAGUGUGGGGAACUGGUGGAGGAUUUAGAUAGUAUUCAAUGCCUUGCUUGUCCCUUGGAAGGCCAUAUGUCAUGCUUGGCUGAGGCCUUUCAUGAGCAAGAGAGGGAGUUCUGUGAUCACAAGAACAAGUUCCUCAUUCCCAUCCAGGGAAACUGCCCUGCUUGUAACACUCAUGUCCUUUGGGGGGAUCUAGUGAAGAAAAAACGUGGGUGUUAUGGGGAUCUUGAUGUCAGGACUCCAUCAUGA